AUGUAUACCUUUGUGCAAAUUUGUGCCAGUCUAUCUGUCUCAGUCUGUCCAUAUCUAUCUAUCUAUCUAUCUAUCUAUCUAUCUAUCUAUCUAUCUAUCUAUCUAUCUAUCUAUCUAUCUCAGUCUGUUCAUUAUCUAUCUAUCUAUCUAUCUAUCUAUCUAUCUAUCUAUCUAUCUAUCUAUCUACACACAUUUGUUGGUGAUGUUAUUCUUCCACUUGCCCUCUGUUCUUGCUGUUGUUUUUUCCUCCUCUCCCUCCCCCUCCUUAUUCUUCUUCUUCAUCUUCUUCCCUCCCUCCAUCCCUCAGUUUUUGUUGUCCUUCUUCCACCAGUUUUGUUUAAUUCUCCCUCUGUUGUUUUUGUCUUCUUCUUCUUCUUCUUCUUCUUCUUCUUCUUCUUCUUCUUCUUCUUCUUCUUCUUCUUCCCAGUCUUUCUUCUUCUUUCACUUAAUUCUCCCUCUGCUGUUUUUCAUGCUGCUGUUAUUGUCUUCUUCUUGUUCUUGUUCUUAUUGUUUUCCCCCACUUUCGCUUAA